GCCAGCGUUGCUGCAUUGCUCACCAAUCCUCUCACUGGGAUGAGCGAGGAGCAGAUCCUGGCCGAUGUCGAUGUCUUCGUCGAUACCCACGGACUGUCGCACGAGCGGGAGGUCUUCCGCAAAGGAGCUCUCCUCUCGCGAGUUGCUCAACGAGACAAUGGCUUCGAAUCUGUCCACCAGCUGAAUGAGGACGAGAAGGAGCUCCUCCGUCGCGAAACGACUCACCGAUGGAGCCAGCCUUUCCAGCUCUACUUUCUGGUCAUCCUUUGUGCCGGUUCCGCUAUUGUUCAAGGCAUGGACCAGACCGCUGUCAAUGGGGCUCAAGAAUUUUACUUUGAAGACUUCAACAUCCCUCCAGAGGCGGUAUGGCAGCGAGGCCUCCUCAACGGCGCUCCUUAUCUUGCUUCUGCUGCGAUCGGAUGCUGGACCAACCGCCCAUUGAACAAGGCAUUCGGCCGCCGCGGGACCAUCUUCAUCUCCUGCUUCAUCUCCUUCGCUACAGGUAUCUGGAUGGCUGCUGCAGACUCGUGGUACAAUCUUCUCAUUGCCCGAUUCUUCCUUGGAUUCGCUGUUGGUGCAAAGUCCUCGACCACACCCGUCUACGCCGCAGAGUCGGCUCCGAAAACGAUUCGUGGUGCUCUCACCAUGAUGUGGCAGAUGUGGACAGCUUUUGGCAUCGCUCUUGGAUUCGUCGUCUCCGUGGCAUUCCAGGACACCGACUUCCUCGGCCCAAAUUCGCAAUGGCGAUGGAUGCUGGGAUCCACUUCGAUCCCACCUCUCAUUGUCAUGAUCCAAGUCUACCUAUGUCCUGAGUCGCCUCGAUGGUACAUGGAGAAGGGCAAGUUCGACAAAGCCUUUGAGGCCUUGAAUCGCCUGCGAAUGUCAAAGCUUCAAGCCGCGAGAGACAUGUAUUACGCCUAUAAGCUCCUCGAGGUCGAGGCCAGCCAACGAGAGGGCAAGUCUCUUUGGAAAGAGUUCUUCGCUGUGCGGCGCAACCGCCGGGCUGCCCAAUCGAGCUUCUUCGUUAUGUUCAUGCAGCAAUUCUGCGGGGUGAAUGUAAUCGCGUACUAUUCUACCUCGAUCUUUCGUACUGCCGGUUUCAGCCAGUCCCAAGCACUACUGGUAUCAUUGGGCACAGGCCUGGUCAACUUCGUCUUCGCCAUUCCCGCCGUCUACACAAUCGACACAUUUGGCCGCCGCAAUCUCCUCCUCACGACCUUCCCCAUCAUGGCCAUCUGCCUGUUCUGGUGCGGCUUCUCCUUCCUCAUACCCAACCGCGAAAAUCCCGACUACAACCCGAUCAAUCCCUCCGAAGACGAGCCUCAAUUCAUCCCCACCCAAGCACAACUCGGAAGCGUCGCCGCGGCCAUCUACGUCUUCAUGGCCGCAUACUCUCCCGGCAUGGGUCCCGUGCCCUUCACCUACAGCGCCGAAGCAUUCCCGCUAUACAUCCGCGACGUGGGCAUGAGUUUCGCGACGGCUACAACUUGGGGCUUCAACUUCAUCCUCUCCCUCACCUGGCCCGCCCUCGAAGCAGCCUUCACCUCCACCGGCGCUUUCGGCUGGUACGCCGCCUGGAACAUUUUCGGCUGGGUCUUCGCCUACUUCCUCCUACCCGAAACGAAGAAUCGCACUCUUGAGGAACUCGACAGCGUAUUUAACGUGGGCAAUCGCGAGCAUGCCAAGUAUUAUACCGAGAAGAUGCCGUGGUACUUCAACAAGUGGGUGUUGAGGAGGGAUGUGCCGCAUUUUGAACCGUUGUUGAGGUUUGCGGAUGAUGGUGGGGAUGAGGGGUAUGAUGGGGAGAAGAGGCAGGGACAGGGGUUGCGUGGGGAGUUGGGAAGGAGGUUUGCGGCUUGAGUUGGGUUUUGAGGAGGGUCGUGGAUUAGGAAAAGGU